GCCGUGCCGCUUGGGGGCGCUGCAGUAUUCCGUCGCGAAACACCCGGGAUGCCGAGCCCAGAAUUCCUUACUUCCGUCGCGUGCGCAGCCGGCGCCGCGAGCAUGUCGAAUACUUGUAGCAGGAUCUCCUCACAAGUAUGAAAAGAUGCUGGCUUCAAUCAAUCGCCGGGAGGCGAUCGCGCUCGGAGCUCUCGCGGUCGGCACACCGGCCGUAUUGCUGUUGGGCACGGUUGCACCCGCAAACGCUGCCGGCGCCGGCGCCCGUCUGUCGCGUCCUUCGCGCCCGCCUCCUUCCGCCGACACGAACACCGGCACCCACACGCCUUCACCUCCUCCCAGCCCCAGCCCCAGCCCCAGCCCCAGCCCCAGCCCCAGCCCCAGCCCCAACCCAGCCCCAGCCCCAGCCCCAGCCCCAGCCCCAGCCCCAGCCCCAGCCCCAGCGCCAGCCUCAAGCCAAGGGAUACAACACGGCCGGCCGCCAGCAGCGCUCUCGGAGCCUGGCUGGCUGGCGGCCGGCCUCACACCCAGCUGCUUUCAGGGUAUGAAACAACGUGUUUACGACGUUGCCGAGCCCCAUGGAGGUUCCGUUUUGGAUCCGUGCGUUGCGACCCGUGGGCGCGUGGCCGACCCGCCCCGACGCCCGAGCGGCUGCCUUCGGAGGGAGCGCGCGCGCGCGCGGGUGGGACGGAGGGAGAUUGCUGCCGCAAGCCCGCCCGGCACAUGCGCCGGAUACAAGUCGUCCGCGCCAACUCCGCCCACCACCGUGCCCGCCCAUGGGACCUGCAACACAUGCGAGAGCUGGGCGGCUUGAUCGGCUGAACAGCUAGCGCAGCCGAACUGCUAGGGCGGCUGGACUGUAGGGGCGGAUGAACUGUUUGCAUUGAGUUGCUUAGGGCAUCGUCAAUAACUGCUAGGGCGGCCUGAACAGCUAGCGCGGCCGAAGUACUACGGCGGCCCGGGCGUCUGUCGAGCUGAACUGCUAGGGAGGCCUGAGCGUCUGGGUGGAUCGCCAUCUUGAGCAUGAAGCGGCUGGAGCUUGGAGCGGCUGGGCAGCGUGUUGGGGACGGGUGUCUGUGGGCGAGUGCAUUUGUAUGUGUGGAAAGAGGCCGGGGUGUGGGCGCACCGCCAGACCCCAGCCAGACGUUCGGGCCCACGUGGCAUCCCGCACGGGAGAGCACACGCCGUGCCGUGCCUUGCCGUGGCGGAUGCAGGUGCGGCUGCCUCAGCCCUCCGCCCUCAGCGCACCGGUUUGAUGCGCACCAUGGUCGGGGCGGGUGCGAUAGUACGGUAUUAAAAGACACUGAAGGCACAACGAUCAACUCUGGUCCACGAUAGCAUGGAGUUUUCUAUCGGUAGAUGUAGGUGGUUGCAGGCGCUCCGUUGCCUGCCUUGAGAUUAUGCCGGGCCUUGGCUGGGGGUAACGCUGAUUCUGUGCUGUGGGGAGUGUGCGUCCGUUAGGAUGGCUGGAAGUAAUGUGUUUCACAGGAGGACCCCAGGGCUUGGCUGCUGUCAAUGCCGCCCAGAAGGCACGCAUGUGCGCUGGCCUCAGGGUUUUAGACGCGUGUGUAUGGGGGCAGAGCGCGGUUCGGCGAAACGAACAGCAAGGCACGCACGGCACUCCGUGUGAGUUCAGGAGCAGUUCAGGAGCACGUCUGCUGGAGGAAAGCCGAGGUCGGAAGGAAGCGUGUGCGCACGGGGACAGGGGCAUGUAUGACGUGGGCCGGAAUGUGGGUGGUUGCGCUCUCAGCGGCUCGGGCUGCAACCUCUUAGCAGAUGGGUGGAAACUGGAAAGACCGUGCCUGCUUUGUACGUCGGCUGAGGAAUUUGGCUACGCUCGGUGGCUCGGCGUGCAGCUAGCCUGAGGAGUGCAAAGGCCACGCCGGCUCGCCCCUGCUGCGAUGAUCUGCUGACUAUUGGUAGCUGGCGGCUCGGCUUGCAGCUACGUAGCCGAGGCAUGAGGGGAGGAAAAGGCCAUGCCUGCUCACCUUUGCUGCGGCAAUGCCUUGACUAUUGGGACCUAUCUCGUUGGGCUCGGGCACAUAACCCCUGCUGUGUUGGCUGGGGAUUGUGGGGAUGAGAUGCGUGGACGUGCGUCCGUGGCGGGCAAGCCGCGGGUGUUGCAGCGCUUGGGAUGCAGGAGCCACGGGCACUUGUGAGCUGAGGUGGCGUGGCAUGGGUGGGGCCGUGGGGCCUUGGAGCGGGGGAAGAGCUUGGCGCAGCCGCAGCGGGGCCAGGCCACAGGUAGGGCAGGGGGGCAGGGGGGGCAGCAGGGCCAAGCUACAGGGUAGGGCUUGCAGGGCACAGGCGGCACGGUGCCGCCCCCCCCAAAUACACACAGAUGCUAGGUGGGAUGGGCCGAUGGGACCUUGGGCUUGCUGGCUGACUGGAGCUGGAUCUGGGCUAGAAGUGACUGUGCGUGGCAGCACAAUGCGGCCGGGGGCAGGCUGCCACGCAGGCACGCACGCCCGCGCCCAUGCCCGCGCAUGCUCACACGCCGUGCCCCGUAGGCCUGAACCGUGCGUGCUUACAGCUGUGUGGCAGCACAGUAGAAGCAGGUGACUCCAUGACAUGGACAGGCGUUUGGCACGGAGCAGGGAAGGAGUGGCGUGGGAGUCGGGGUCUGCGGAGUCUGUGGCACCCGGUCACUAGUAAACCC